GAGCUGGAGGAGGAGGGCAGUCGCUCUUUGCUUCUGUCCAAGCAGCACAAGUUCAACGAGCACUGCUGCACUACAACGUCUGCAAAUCUUGCCGCACCUACAGUCAGAGCGAGAGGGGCUACAUCUGCGCCGCCUGCCAAAAGAGCAGGCUCUUAAGGACACAGUCACUAGAAUGGUUCUACAAUAAUGUGAAGAGUCUGUUUAAGAGAUUUGGCAGUGCCAAGGUGCUGAAGACCCUCUACAGGAAGCACAUCAUUGAAAGAGGAGCAUUAUCUGAGUUACCAGAGGUGAGUGCUCAUGAAGGCAGUAAUGAUAAUGGCAGUGUUUGUGAUGGCAGUGACUCCACGCUCUACAGGCAGAGUGAAGGUCACAGCAUGGCAGACACGCUCACCGUUGCUCUACGCGUGGCAAUAGAGGAAGCCAUUGCUAAAGCUGAGAGCUACAGAGACAGUCUGGAGAAACAGAAUGAGGCUCGCUAUUUGCGUGACCACAAGGAAGAACUUAUAGAGGAACUUGCCACAACAAUUGUUCAAAAAAUCAUUCAGAGGGGAAAACGGUCUGAGAUUCAGGCUGAGUAUGAGUUUAUAUGGCCUCAGAGUAGUGAGCUACCUUCCCCUACCUCAACACAAAACACACAUGUGACGCAGCAUUCACACACCACCUGUCAGCCCGGCGCAGUAGCACAGACCAACAGUACCAGCUCCUAUCCGCUGUGGACGUCAAGAUCAGCAUUCUCUUUGACAAGUGACGAUUCUCCAGAGAAGGGCCCUGAGGCGGGCAUGGCCCCAGGGGUCCCGGAGAGCACUGAGGUAGAGACAGCUAUCCAGAACUACUCUUCACUCAGGAGGGAGUCCAGAGCAUCAUCACUUCCUGGGUGCAAGAGUGUUGACCGCCUGGACAACUCUAGUGCAUCUUCAGUCCUGCAGUCCCCUGAUGGUAACUGGAUCGCCCUGCAGAGCUCCCAGCAUUCCCGGCCCAGUCUGCUGACCAAGCGCAAGAGUCUUGUUUUCAGCGUGCUGGAGAAAGAAUCAGGUGUCGUAUCCACGUAUGACGAGAAGGGCUCUGAUUCAGAUCCAGAGGACCAGGGGGGCUGGGGGGCUGCCCUGUUACAGUUUCGCAGACGCCUCUCCGAUGAAACGUACUAUACUGACUCUCAACAUGACCCUGAAUGGACAUACACUCAACACCCACCCGUUACCUCACCCUCCUCAGGUCAGUACACCAACACUGAGACUCUGAACUCAGACUCUGAGACGUCUCCUGCCCCGUCCACUCAAACCUGCAGACCAGCCCACGGUAUGCCGCAGAGGAAGAAAGGGCCGUCUGAUGCACACCUGUAUCCUCCAUACAGACAUCCUGCAAACAGUGCCGCUUCGCCUCUACUGAGGCCAGAGGCACUGGAUGUAAACUUUAACCCCCGUCUGGAAGGGGACAGUAGUGAUGGGGAGGAGCGGAACGAGCAGGUCAAAAGAUCACCGAGGCGCAGAAAGAGCAAACGCGAGACAUCAGAGCACAGCCGAGCACAUUAUGCACUGUACAGCGCUGCCACAGUGGAGAACAGUGCCGUCCUCCUCAACACCAUGAUGCUGCGCCGGCAACAGAGCCAGGAUAACCCAGUCCCUCUGAAUUACCAGGCUCCAGACACUGUGACCCCUCCUGAUCUUUUGGCCUCUGACGCCAUGACACCUGAACCUGACUAUCAGAACACAGUGGCUCACAACUCCAGCGCCACUAGCCCACCAAUGCUGAGCCAACUGGCGGCCAGCAAACCAGAGUUCCGUAUUCAAGGCCCUUUUCUUAGGUGCUCCUCUGUUAAUGAAACCCUGGAACAGGAACUGAGAUCCAAACUCUGUGAGCUGGUUGGCCAAGUCAGCGAGAUGGAUGUGAUGUCAUCUGAUUUUGAGCCAAUCAGGGAAGUGGGCAACAAGCAAGAGGAUCAAGUAAGGGAGAAAGAACGUAAGAAAUUGAGACCAAAGGAGAGGCGCGAGAGCAAACAAGACAAGAGGGACGAAAAGUCGAAGGAAACUGGGAAUCAGAGUGAAAUACAAACAGUUAGAGAGAUGGACACAAGUGAUGCAGUAAGACAGAUAAAUAUAGCGAGAGAAAUGAAGAGAGAUAGGGAGCAACAGGAAGAAAUUGAAAGCCAAGUAGAGAGAGAGCGAGAGAGACCAAGAGAGCUGGAGAAACAAAUCGAGAGGAACAGAGAAAGACAACGAGAGAUUGAGAUGCAGGUUGAGAGGAAACAGGAAAGACAGAGAGAAAUGGAGAAAGAGCUGAAACAAGAGCAAAAGAGACAAUCAGAGAUUGAGCGCGAGAUAGAAAAGAAGAGGAAAAGCAUACGCAUGGAAAAAGAGAAAUUAGAACCUAUAGUGAGUACGAAAUCCAAAGAGGAAGAGAAACAAGAAUCCUCAGGUAGACUAAUGGAGCGAAAUAAGAGUUUGAAGGAAGACUAUGAUGAAACAGAAAAGCCCAAUGAGGAAAAGGUGAAGAGAAUAUCACCGCAAAGAAGCCAAUCAGAAACAGGGUCAGAAAAACAAGAACAAUGUGAGACAAAGACAACAAGGUCUUCAACCACAUCUCCAGACAGUGCCCCCUGUGGUCUGGAGGAGCCAAUGUCUCCAUCAGAGAAGUACUCCGCUGCAUCUUUAUGCAGCAUCACCACAGAGGUUCUGAAGGUCCUGAAUGCCACAGAAGAAUUACUUGGAGAGGCAGAAGGCAAAGGUCAUGACCCUUCUCUGGCUUGCACACCCAUGUCCUCAGGCCCAGGCAACAGGAAACUGGACCAACACCUCACUAAGAUGGAGGAAAAUGUGUAUUUGGCAGCAGGUGCUGUGUACAGCCUAGAGGAGGCGCUAAGUGACUUAGAAGAGUGUGCUCGCAGUAUCAGCAGCUCCACCACAGAGACUGAGCUGGCCUUUCUAGAAGAUCAGGUGGCCACUGCUGCCACCCAGGUGCAGCAGUCCGAGCUCCAGAUAUCAGAUAUUGAGGCAAGAAUAUCAGCCCUUAAAACAGCAGGUCUAAAUGUAUCUGCAUGCACAAGGUUUUCCAAGUACAAGUCUAAACCUAUGCCCCAGACACUGGACUCUUCUCGCCAUCAGAGGAGAAAGCUGCCUGCUCCUCCUAUCAGAAGUCUGUCAUCAGAAAAGGAAGUCAAAUCCGAGCCACAGAUGAGAUCAAUGAGGCUGUGACAAGAGGCCAUGUAACCUCAGUGAUUCUCAGAUAAGCUGGAUGGCUCAAUAUCACUCUGCAGUGAAUGCUAGGACCAUCAGGCUGUUCCACACCAGUGCCUUGAUCCAACUUCCGGUCCUCCAGUUUGAUCAGCACUAGUGCUACUUGUCGACCCUAAGCCUGAUCACAACCCAUGUAGGGUUAAUCUCACUUCUGACCCCUAGAACUCUACCAAACCCUGGAGCUCAUCAUCUCCAGUAACCAGGGGACCCGAUUCUCUCUCUCUCUGCCUUAAUGGAGACCAAACUCCUACAACGAACCAUCACAGAGGCUUAUAAUUGUAGAUUUAAACUCAUGUAAUUACUGUAUAUGUAAGAUAGCUGGACAAUGGUAAAUGUUAACAAUCUAGGACAUCACCUCAUUCUCUUUUUCUAAUGUUUUACUGAGUGCUGUACAUGUUUGAAUUUGUAAGCUGUAUGUCGGCAAUGUGACUGGGAUGACCAAUGUAAUCUGUUUUUUUUUUUAUUGCAAAGAUAAGCUGGAGCACAUUUGGUAAAAAUUUUAAACAUGAAAUGUCUAUGUGAAAGUAAACAAAAUACCUGCAGGACCUGUUGUAUUUGCAUUGUCACUAUUAUUCUUAUAUGUGUUGCGAAUAUCUCAGGUUUUUUUCCGAUUAUCAUUUUUGGAGUUGUUUCUUUUUAAGUGCUGUACUCAAAACUGCAUCUAAAAUAAUGGUGAAAUUCAUGAUUUAGUCUCUAUUUUGUUUUGUAAAAAAAAAAAAAGAGUCAAGUGUCAUUGAAAAGCACUCGACCACCUUGCCAUAUAAUGAGUUUGUGAGUGUGUUUGCAUUAAUCAUAACCCCCCUGUGUAUUCAUAUUUGUCUUUAAAUCAACCUCAGAUAUCCUGUGACCUCUUGAGUAUGAACAUCAAAUCACUGUCAUCUCAGUACGAAGCUCUCUGGUAAAUUGGGUUGUGGCCUUUUUUGACUUCUAAUUUCAUAUUUUAUUAAUUACCUUCUUUUAUUAAUCGAAACACCCAGUUGUUAUUCUCAGAGCACUGCUUUAGUAUUACAACCCACCUAGAUAUCCACCUGGGUGUAUAUACUUAAAAUGCUAAUUUUGGACAUUCAGUCUAUACAUCUAGAUUCAAUCUAAAACAAUCUGUAAUGUUUCU